AUGGCUGAAGGAGGAACUAUUUGCUAUAAUCGACCAGAAAAACAAUAUGUCUGUGUUUUGUGUGGAGAAGAAGGUAUAUUCGAAUCUGAAAUGCAGGAACAUAUUAAGAUGCAUACGAAUGAAAAUUAUUGUCCAUUUUGUGACAUAAGCGGUUUGAAAGAUGGUGAAUUGACUAGACAUGUGGAUAUUGAACAUUUAGAUUUGAUCAGUCCAUCAUCUGAGAAACCUUCAAAACCACUCCAUGAUGAACAGAUUGAUUACCAAAAACCUUCAACAUCAAAAUCUGGCUAUGAUUCUCAGAUACAGAACAGACCUUCUACAUCUUAUGAAUAUAAUUCAACUUCUGAAAAUCUAUCAAAGGAGGAAGACAUGAUCAAACCUGAAGAAAAAGAUAAAUUCAACUCGUUAGAUUCAGGCUAUUCUUCUGGUUUUCAAAAUGGAAGCUCUGAUUCUGAAUCUCCGUUGUCUAAAUCUGUUGAAGGUGCUGCUGCCAUCUCUCCAGCGUUUUCAUGUCCUUUAUGUAAAUACUCGACAUCUUCUGAGUCAUCAAUACAGCAGCAUGUCAAUCGGGAUCACUCAGAUAUUUUAAGUCCAAUGAAACCGGUGUCUGGUGCAGUUAACAGUUCUAAAGAAUCUAAAGAUGUGAUAUACUCGUGUCCAAUCUGUGCCAUGAGUUUAGACAGUCCAAAAGACAUUGAAAGUCAUAUCAAUUCUAAACAUGUUGAUAUAUUAAGUCCAGGAAAGCUACUUGCUACAGGAUCUGAUGAAUUGUUGAUAUGUCCUGUUUGUUGUGAAGUAUUUACAGAUCCUAACUUUUUAGCUAGUCAUGUAGAUGGUCAUUUUUCAACUACCCAUACUCCAGAGCAAGAUCAAGCAGAGAUGGAGAAAAAAGACUUUCAAACCUUACAGGCAAUGUAUGGUAUGGAUGGGAAAACAGAUUAUAAACAACAAUAUGAAAAGAAUUUAGAAAGAGCUGUCUGGAAUGGUCAUCUUUCAAUACCAGAAUAUCAUAAACAAAAAACUAAUCUAAAAUCCAAUGAUUUAAAUGGUGUAGAUGAUGGACAUUCUUGUACCAAGGGUAUAAUAGCUAAGUUACAGUAUUACUAUAAACAUACUAGUAGCUGUGUUAAUAAAUGGUACCUAGCUACCAGUGUGGACCAUUACUCAGUAUCAUUUGGUGAUAAAGGCUGGGGUUGUGGCUAUAGAAAUUUUCAAAUGCUCCUCUCAUCUCUUACUGCUGAACUGAACAUAUCUCAGGUUUUAUUUAAUGGCAAACCACAAAUACCCUCAAUACCUAAAAUUCAGAGAUUAAUAGAAGUGGCUUGGGAGAAAGGUUUUGAUAAACAAGGUUGUGAACAGUUAGGUGGUCGAGUUGUUAAUACUAAUAAAUGGAUUGGUGCUACCGAAAUAGUAGCUACUCUUUCUUCAUUAAAAAUUCAAUGUCGUCUGGUAGAUUUUCUAGAACCUUCUGGACGAGAUGGAACUCAUCCUAAACUAUUUCAAUGGGUGAAAGAAUAUUUUCAGUCACAAUUGGAUUUUAAGGCUCCAUUGUACUUACAACAUCAAGGUCAUAGUCGUACUAUUAUUGGUAUAGAAGAGAUGAAAGAUGGCUCUGAUAGAUUGUUGAUAUUUGAUCCCAGUAUAAGUCAAAAACAGAUGCAACAUUUUCAAGGCAGAAUAGAUAAUGCUAUGUUGCGUACAUUACGAAGAACAUUAACUGGUUUAAAAGCUAAACAAUAUCAGAUUGUAGCUGUUCUUGGUGUUUUAUCAGAUUCUGAAUAUGAUAGACAUAAAGUUUUACAGUCGUUGAGAAUUAGAUGAUGUUGAUCAUGAUUUAGGAUGGUAUGUAUCCAGCUAGUAAGUGCAAUACAGAACAUUACUCAAAACACUUUCACCAUGGUUUACCUCAUCAAGGCUGUAACAACAUCAUGACAAAUGUGGCAAAUGCCUCAUGCCAAAUUUGACAACAAAGAAUUUUAUUUGAUCUCUGCAGUAAAGGUAGUAACUGUUUGAAAUAUUGAAAAUAGAAGACCAAUGGAUGAAGUACCAUAGUUACGACUGUGAUCAUAUUUUUUUUAAACCGGUGCUUAUGAUAGCCACUUCAUGAUAGUUACUUAACAUUUUAACUAUACUCAGGCAAAGAUAUUGAUGCAACUAUUUCAAUAUCUGAUCAAUUAUUUGGAUACCUUGAACAGUAUUUCAAUAUUUUGUUAACAAUCAGAUAUCUUGUUAUCUAUCUAGAAAUCUUGACAACUAUUUUGAUAUGUGGUUCUCAAUUAGAUAUCUUGUCAACUAUUGGAUUUUUGGACAUCUUGACAACCAUUUGGCUAUUUGGGUGUCAAUAUUUUUUGCAGUUGUUCUAAAUCCCAAAGACAUCUUCAGAAAAUAAAGUAACAAACCUAAGUAGGCACAAUUCAGGCAAUAAACCCAAGAUAUAAUAAGAGUGUUGCAUGCUUAUUGAUCUAAUUUCACAAAAUUUGCAGUGCUGUAGGAAAUGAUUUUUCUUAUUAAUUCAAUUCCAUUCUCCCAUUGUUAGUUUACAAACAUUCCACAAUACCAAAGAUAUAAUUUCAUGUUUCAUUUAUCUUAUUGUAAAGUACAAUUGUUUUUUUGUCAAAGUUUAAUAUUUUUUUCUUAUAAUAUAUUUAAAAUUUGUUAAUACUAUAGUGUAAAUCUUUUCCAGUUAUAUAAUAUUAAAUUAUGGUGCUUUC